UUCCACGCCACGCCGGCGCACACCGCGGAGGAAUCGCUCGCUAGUACGGUACGGAUGGAAGCCAAGCCACCACGGCAGCUUCGAUAUCUUUCGCCGCCCAACUUAUAAAUACGCGCGCUCCACUUUGAACAGGGGCGAGACGCACGCAAGCGGCAAAUCGCACAAACCAAUUCGAACAAACGAGCGCCGAGAAAGCACAGAGAGCCGGGCACGAGGCAUGGCAACAGAGGUCAGCGGCCGGUGGACACACGUCCGCACGCUGGGCCGCGGUGCGUCCGGCGCGGUGGUCUCGCUCGCCGCCGACGACGCCUCAGGCGCGCUCUUCGCCGUCAAGUCGGCAUCCGCCGGCGCCGCGGAGCAGCUGCGGCGCGAGGGGGCCAUCCUGUCCUCGCUCCGCUCCCCGCACGUCCUCCAGUGCCUCGGCUUCCGCGCCGGCGCCGCGGAGUGCCAGCUGUACCUCGAGUUCGCGCCCGGCGGCUCGCUCGCCGACGUAGUGGCGAGGAGCGGCGGGCGGCUGGACGAGCGCGCCAUCAGGGCCUACGCGGCGGACGUGGCGAGCGGUCUGGCGUACCUCCACGGGAGGUCGCUCGUGCACGGGGACGUCAAGGCGAGGAACGUCGUGGUCGGCGCCGGCGGCCGUGCCAAGCUCGCGGACUUCGGGUGCGCGAGGGCGGUGGGCUCCGCGGGCCCUUUCGGCGGCACGCCGGCGUUCAUGGCGCCGGAGGUGGCGCGCGGGGAGGAGCAGGGCCCCGUGGCCGACGUCUGGGCGCUGGGAUGCACCGUCGUUGAGAUGGCCACCGGCCGCGCCCCGUGGAGCGACAUGGACGACGUGCUCGCUGCGGUGCACCGGAUUGGGUACACCGACGCCACGCCGGAGGUGCCCGGGUGGCUCUCCGCGGAGGCCAAGAACUUCCUAUCCCAGUGCUUCGCAAGGAAUCCACGCGACCGGUGCACGGCGGCACAGCUCUUGGAGCAGCCGUUCCUGGCGUCAACCGGCUGCGGCGUAAAGGCAGAGGAGGUGGCGGCGAAAUGGGUGUCUCCGAAGAGCACGCUGGAUGCGGCACUCUGGGAGUCCGGCUCUGACGAGGAGGAAGAUGAUGACAUGUCAGAUUGUCCCGCCUGGCGAAUCAAGGCAUUGGCAGGGCCCUGCUCGGCCUUGCCAGACUGGGAUUCCGACGAAGGCUGGAUCGAAGUGCUCGAUGAGCAAUGUGAAGCCCGCAAUUUGGCACCGACCAAAGAGGCGGCCGAGGAGAUGGCCGGCGAGGACGAGUGUGUCCUGAGUGAAGCGUUGGAAACAGAGGCCGAGCCCAUCGACGUCGAUGCAGAGGGUGGCGCUCCUGUGCGUUCUGUAGCUGUAGGAUUAACUGCUCCGUCAAUCGAGCAGCAGGAAAAGCGGUGUCGUCCACCUGUAUCUCCUGUCGAUACUUCACAUAAUAGUGAAAUAACAAAGCCAUUUUUACGGCCAAAUUGUCUCCGAUUAACUCUUUCUUCAGUUCUGUUUGCGCGAAAUGAUUAUCUGAUUACCAUUGAUUCUCAUGAAAUCUAGAAAUCCCGAGCUGGUGCGAUGCGACGAUUCCAGAAACAUUGUUCUAGACAGACGCGUGAAUCAGUGACCAGUGAUUGGGAAUAACCGGGAGUAUAUCCGCUCUCCUCCUUCAGGGACAUGCCGAAAGUAGUGACUAGAUCAUACCAGUAGAAGCUACUGGGAAGCAUCACAUUUGGGACUUUCUGGGUUACUGUAUUUCUGCCUUUCUGGACAUGCCAUAUCUCUGCCGAUUCCUGUUUAGAAAUGCUCGGCCAUCGAGCAGUAAUCUGUGCACAUUCCUCGCAUGAUUCUCCAAUAGAUAACGAUGAAGUUCGCCUGAGUGGCCUCCGAGUCCGAGUGAACUAGCGAAAUGGAGCAUUCCCGCCGGUGAUCAGAUCCAUUCGGGGUCUUCUGACACUGGCUAGCGAGUGGUGAAAACUUACUUUAUGUGGCGGACCCACCAGAGGCCCAGUGAGAGCACAUGUACUGUUUAAAUUCUUAUUUUCCAUUGAAUUUUAAUGGAUUUAGGUUUUUAUUCAUGAAAUUGUAAAUCUUCGGUCACUAAUAUGACCCCACUCAAUUUUUAUGCUAAA